UGCCCGGAGUGAGAGCAAACUACCAGCGCAGUGCGUGUGUGUGCGCGCGGGGGUGCGCGCGCGGGGGUGCCAGAGGGCGAGCGUGCGAGCGCGGGGCGGAGGGGCGGCCGGCUGCUAACACUUUCGACACUGCACCGGAGAGGCAGAGCCAGACAGCCUGGAGGCGCACGCAUCCCCCCGAGAUCUCCCCAGGCGACCGGCCCACGGCUUCCAGGGCAGAAGCCUCCAAAGCGAAACGGAGGAGACGCGCGGCCGCUGAACAUGGACGAAGGGCUCCCUCCUUUGCAGGAGAGGCCGUUGCUGGAGCGCAGGGAUUUCAUAGGACUGGACUAUUCCUCUUUGUAUAUGUGUAAACCCAAAAGGAGCCUGAAGCGAGACGACACCAAGGAUACCUACAAAUUGCCGCACAGACUGAUAGAAAAGAAGAGACGAGACCGGAUUAAUGAGUGCAUCGCUCAGCUGAAAGAUUUACUGCCCGAACAUCUGAAACUGACGACGCUGGGGCAUCUGGAGAAAGCAGUAGUCUUGGAAUUAACUUUGAAGCAUUUAAAAGCGUUAACAGCCUUAACGGAGCAGCAGCACCAGAAAAUAAUUGCUUUACAGAACGGGGAGCGCUCCCUGAAGUCGCCGGGCCAGGCCGACUUGGAUGCUUUCCACUCGGGCUUUCAAACGUGCGCCAAAGAAGUCCUGCAAUACCUCGCGCGCUUUGAGAGCUGGACGCCCCGGGAGCCGCGCUGCGCCCAGCUCGUCAGCCACCUGCACGCCGUGGCCACCCAGCUCCUGACGCCACAGGUGCCCCCGGCCAGGGGCCCCGGCCGCGCGCCCUGCGGUGCGGGGGCUGCGGCCGCCCCGGGCGCCGAGCGCGCGGCCCGCUGCGUGCCGGUCAUCCAGCGGACUCAGCCCGAGCCCGAGCACGACACGGACACCGACAGCGGCUACGGGGGCGAGGCGGAGCAGGGCCGCGCCGCCGUCAAGCAGGAGCCGCCGGGGGACCCGUCGCCGGCGCCCAAAAGGCCGAAGCUGGAGGCGCGCGGCGCGCUCCUGGCCCCGGAGCCCGCGCUGCUCGGCUCGCUGGUGGCGCUGGGCGGGGGCGCGCCGUUCGCGCAGCCCGCCGCGCCCUUCUGCCUGCCCUUCUACCUGCUGUCGCCGUCCGCCGCCGCCUACGUCCAGCCCUGGCUGGACAAGAGCGGCCUGGACAAGUAUCUCUACCCGGCGGCGGCCGCGCCCUUCCCGCUGCUGUAUCCCGGCAUCCCCGCCGCCGCCGCCGCCGCCGCCUUCCCCUGCUUGUCGUCCGUGCUGUCGCCGCCUCCGGAGAAGGCAGGCGCGGCCGCCGGGGCCCCCCUCCUGGCGCACGAGGGGGCGCCCCCGGGGCCGCUGCGCCCCCAGCACGCGCACAGCCGUACCCACCUGCCGCGCGCCGGCGACCCCGAGAGCCCUCAGGAAGAUGCCUCGCAGCGGGCCAAGGAUGCCCCCUGAGCUGCGCGUCCUCCCCGGAGAGGGGGCGGGGGCUCCCGAGGAGUCGCCGGGGCUCCAAGUUCGAACGUUCCCUACCGCGCGCCCGGGAGGAGGAGUAAGAGGUGUCCGACAGGCCUAGGACCGAACAGGUGUUUGGUGUUCCCUUUGGAGUCCCUGCCUUGCCCCGCGCUCUCACCCCUCUGCCAUCCCACCCUCCACCCGCUCACACGCCUUCCCCUCCCCCGCCGGCACAGCCUCCCCAAGAAGUACUGGUUAUGUUCUGUUGCCCUCCUUAAAUUUAGGCCACGUCCCCUCCUCUUUCCAGACACAGGGCAGUUGUAGCGGCCUGUUGGGUGGGCGAGCCCCGUGGAACCAGAGUGCCUGCUCCCAGGCCCUUUGACCCUCGGGCCUGGACAGCCAGUGUGGCUCCCAGCGUCCCGUUAGGAGGCGCUCCGUUAGCUGAGGCGCUCCGGGAGUUAAAUUUACGCGUCAGUAUUUUGAAUUGUUCGGGCUUUUGAAAGGUACCUGUUUUUCAAAGAAGUGAGGGUGCCGCGGGGGACUGGGGUCUUGGACUUGGGGACACUGGGAGUUGGGCCACGGUCCGGCAGUGUCAGGGUGGGCGCUGGAAGAGGAGGUGGGAGGCCCUCCGCCUCUGCUGCACUUUAUUGACGGUUGACCUCAGACCCUUUGGCCCGCUUCCCCUCCUCAGUCCACAUGGAUGUGUCAUGCGCCACAAACUCUGCGCAUUCCCUCCCACCGCUCGUUAUUUUAUCCAUCACGGUCGCAGAUUUUUGUUAACUUCACUGUUUUCAUGUGCGUGGCGGGGGUCUUUUUUCUUUUCUUAAAGUGCACUGGGCUGGGAAAAGGAAAGCCCCAACAGACUGAUGUGUCCUGGAAUUCUUAGACGACAGAAGCGGAGGGGAGGGCUGCGGGUCCCCUCUGGACAGAAGUGCUGUGAAGAUGAGGAGGUCCUGCCAGGCCUCCCUGUCUCCAGUCUGUAUGUAUUCUUUCCGGAGACCAAACCAGACCCCAGAUAACCAGAAAGAAGGCUUUUUAAAAUAAGGCAUAAACCAAGACCUUGUCUAGAUAUUUUUAGUUUGUUGCCAAGGUAGCACUGAGAAAUCUCACUUGAACGUUACGUAAGGGGUGAGCUGCGCCGGUCUGGAGUGAAGAGUUAUCUGGGUCUGAGUCGGUUAGGUCCGUUUGCUGCUGCUGCUGCUGCUGCUACUGUUUGCCUCAAACGCUGUGUUUAAACAACGUUCCGGUCUUCGCCCCCCAAGGCGGCUGUGUGCACAUAGCUGUAACACACCCAAUUCAUGAUGUCUGACAUGCUAUUUUUGUAGGGAGAAGAUACGUCCUAAUGAUAUUUUGAGUUAAAAUAUCUUUGGGGGAGGACUUGGUGAAAUGUUUGCACUUUGGUUACAAUGCUUAUACUGCUUGGUGCAAGCUUAUGCUGUCUUAAAUUAUUAAACAAAUAAAUAAAUAUUAUCUGCAAGAAACCAGCUGGUUUAGACAAGUUUAGUAUGUAAAGAUAAGCUAGAAACUAUCUUUAUAUUCUAGUAUUUUCAGCACUUCAUAAAUUCUAUUACAUAAAUAUUGCCACACUAUUUUGUGAUUUAAAAAUUCUUUACUAAGGAAUAAAAACUUUGUAUAUGAUAUGGGGUUGUCUAAUAAUUGAGAGGACAGGAGUGCACAAGGGUUCGCAGACAUUUUUUUUCUUUGUCUGUUGGUUUUGGUUUUCUCUCAUUGGUUUCUCUAGGGAGACUCCAGAUUCUAUCCCUGUGCCCCCAGGACAUCUUAAUAAAAGCUACAAGAUCCAGCGACCACUGGGGGUGCUGCCUUAGCUCCAGUUUGCUAAUGUGUUUUAUGAUUUACUGCUUUUGGGUCUGUGAACUCAGUCUCUCUUGUGUGGUCUUGUUUCUCUUUCACCUCAGUCUGAAACACAUUGUCAGGGGAGGGAUAGAUUUUGCCUUCCUAACUUUUACAAAAUAACCCUGGCAUGGGACUUUGCCUUGGAGUUCAGGAAACAAUUUCUAGACUUCUUUCAAGUGCUGAUCAAAACUGUGAUUUGAGGUGAAUUGAAAGGCGGCCCACUUUCUUUUCAGGGCUGGUGUUGAACCCCCUGAUUUUUGAUAAGUGACAGUUUGUGAGAUGUGGGGAGAGUGCUCCCUCUGCUGACAGUGUGGCAAGCUGACAGGGCACAGUAAAUUAAAGCCACAGCUUCACACAUCUGCUAAGUCAGUCGCCAAUUUGUAAGGAAAGAGUCAGGCAAGGUCACGCUGGGCAGUGCUUAGCCAGGCCUGGUGCCUGCCUCUGCUAGAGGCCUUCUUUACUGCAGCUCUGGACCAAACAUGCUCGUUUGAUUGGGUAAAGCUCCUGAAACAGCAAACCACCCACAGGGGCAAAGGAAACAAAAUUCAACUCUCGAAAAGAAGGGUUUGUGAGCCUUGGAAACGCAGGUUGUUAGAAUGGUGCUUGCUCAAAAAAGAAUAACCCCGUUUUAAGAAUUUUGAGCUGCAUUUUAUUGCCAUUACUGUCAUGACCAAAAAGAUGCAACAGUUGACAUUUGCAUGAUUUUGUAACAUGUAAUAAAAGCUUUUUUGAUUUUG